AUGAGUCUUAAAACACGUAGUAUCGUGUUUGUGACGUUCUUCACCAGCUGCUUGAUCGUUGGAUUGCUUGUGGCCAGCCUCACGACCAACAACUGGAUUCAAGGUAACGCGAAACGGCGAAAUUUCACGGAAUCAAGCGGUCAAAUAAAUUUCGGAUUAUUCUCCGGGCAUCGGCGUUUGAACGUUGGAUUCGGUUUGCGAGACUACAAAAUCGAUGUGCCGGCAAUGAUACGUAAUGAACCGGACGUGAUGAGCUAUUGGCUGUGGCUAGGCGCUGCACUUGGCACUGGAUUCGGUAUUCUUGGUGGAGUGAUUACUGCCAUUGCCUCUGUUCUAAAAUCGGCAUCGGCUUCAAAGAAAACCGGUACCAUGGUAGUGUUGAUAGUGAGCAACCUUUUUACCGGAUUUUCCCAGACCAUAGCAUUUGUAUGCUGGCUGUUACAAUUUUACAACUAUCUGACGCACAACGUGCUGCUUGCCGAGGAUCGUAACAAUAACUGGUACAGCACGGGGCUGACCAUGCUUGGAUCAAGCUUCUUCUUCGUUCCGGCUGGUAUCGCGCUGGUUAUACUGAAUUUGGUGUUGCUUAUUGCCGUGACACGACUCGAACAUCGCGAGAGGAAAAAAUUCUUGAAUCCUCCUACCGAUGACAAAACACAAGGUGCGAUUAUGCUAUACUGA